ACACACACACACACACACAGGCUGGACUGAGUUUUUUCACGCAGACAAUGCGGGCAUUGAGCCGCUUCCCUUCGCUCGGAUCGGAGGACCUGGAUGGGUUGGUCCCGUCCAGCUACUCGUGUGUGACUCUUUUUGUGCCGGACAGUCUCAGCAGCAGCGAACCGCCCCGCUCUAAAGUUUUUUUCCCCAGAACUUCCCGACAGUUGGACUGGGACUUCCAGUGCGUUCAGACGCGGUUUGCGCGUUUCCUCCGCCGCCACUGCGCUUUUGUCUCGUUUUAAUUCAGCUUCAUUCUCACUUCCUCAUCUGUUAUCCACCUGUGGUAUUAAUAAGGCAUGUAAAGACAGCCCGGUUGUAUGCUGAGCGGAUGAACCGGGUAUAUUUCGCCUCUUUAGCCCUCCUUUCCGGUUAUUUCUCACCGGGGUGCGGUGGGGGUCACCGGUAGAGAGCGCGCGCACGUAGAUCUUCUUUAACUUUCCGUUUCUCUGAUUAGUUUUAUUACAAAAUCUGUCUGUUUACACGUUGGUGCUUCUUCGCUGGUUAGGUCUUCCUCUGAACCGCAUGUGCGUAAAACCCGGCGGAGCAAAUAGACAAGAAGAGGAAACAGAAUCAUCCUUUUUGCUCUUGUGACAAGUUGACUGGAGAGGAUCGUCAGACAGCGAGAGGCAGAGAUGGGUUCGGUUUCAGGAUGACUCGAUGAGGUUUGUGAGGAGUUUACCCACCCAGCACCAGCAUAUGGAUCAAGGAUGAAUAUAAAGCGUUGGAUUGUGAGGCUGAAGAGGAAGCAGCUCGUUCCCUCGAUCGUGUCGCUGCUGCUGACGUUGAGUGUCCUGCUGCUGGUCAGAGUGAAGUACAACCAGGUCCCCGGAUCCUCAGAUGUCCUGCUUCCUCUGGGGAAUCAGUCGUUUCUCAAACACAACAUUAACUGCUCAUCUAUUUAUGACAUGGACCCAGUGGAAGUGGGCAAGUCCCUGGUCAUCAGGAGGAACAAGGUGGAGGCUGAAGAUGGAAGUCUGAUUGACCUCAUGGACGAUUGCUCCCUCUUCAUCGAGACCAGAGGCUAUGAUGACGUGUGUAUUUCCGAGGAGGAGAAGGACUUCCCUCUUGCUUACUCUCUGGUUGUUCAUAAAAAUGCGUGGAUGGUGGAGAGACUAAUCAGGGCAGCGUACUCUCCCAACAACAUUUACUGUGUCCAUUAUGAUCAGAAGUCCUCAGCUCAGUUUGUUACUGCUAUGAAGGGCCUGGCCCGCUGUCUGCCUAACGUCUUCAUCUCCAGCAAGCACGAGGAAGUCUUCUACGCAAGCAUCAGCCGACUAAAAGCUGAUCUCAACUGCCUGUCGGACCUGUUGAAUUCACAAGUCAGGUGGAAGUAUGUCAUUAACCUGUGUGGGCAGGAUUUCCCGCUCAAAUCCAACAUCGAGCUAGUGUCUGAGCUGAGGAAGCUGAUGGGCGCCAACAUGUUGGAGACAAGCCGACCGUCUAGCCUUAAGAAGCAGAGGUUCAUGUUCCACCAUGAGCUUAAAGACAUAAGCUUUGAAUAUGGAAAACUGCCAGUGAAAACUCAGCAGGAAAAGACCCCGCCACCACAUGGGAUAGAGAUGUUCAUAGGCAACGCCUACUUUGUGCUGUCGCGGGACUUCAUUGUGCACAUGAACUCCUCGACUGUGGUGAAGGAUUUCCUGGCCUGGUCGGAGGACACCUACUCUCCGGACGAGCACUUCUGGGCCACGCUCGUGAGAGUGCCGGGCGUUCCCGGAGAGGUUCCCAGAUCCCAGCCAGAUAUCACAGACCUGAUGAGCAAGACCAGGCUGGUGAAGUGGCAAUACCUGGAGGAGAACCUUUACCCACCGUGCACCGGACAGCACGUUCGCAGCGUUUGUAUCUUUGGUGCAGCAGAAAUGCGGUGGUUACUCAGCUAUGGCCACUGGUUUGCCAAUAAGUUUGAUCCCAAAGUUGAUCCCAUUCUAAUUCAAUGUCUUGAGGAGAAACUGGAGGAAAAAAGGAAGUUAUUUCAGUCACGGACAGCUUUGACUUGUGGUAAAGUUAGCUGAAUCUGCAGUGACCUUGGAAAAAGAAAUGUGCUGCUAUAUCUUGCUUUAUAAUUUAGUGAAACAGUCGUUUUGUCGCACCAGCUGAGCCAUGCAAUGACACUUAUCGUCAAAUCGAAACAGCCCAUGUGAAAUCAUUUGCAGAGUCACAAUCAUUUUCUGUUAUGCAAUAGUUAAAGAAAAAAAUGCAUCAUCAUAGAGCUCUUCUCAUUCGGUCAGUAGGUUUAAUUCCUGUUUUAAGCUUUUCUCGAAAAACUUGUUCUGCUCUGUUUGGUUCAAAAGGAUUUUGUAACAAAUGGGCAAAAAUAAUGUUUUAACACAGAAGAGAAGGACCCUUGAAACGCUAUAAUUACAUGCAGCAACUAAAGCCUGGUUCUCAUGGCAGGAUUUUUUAAUAGUCGAUAAUUUUCAAAGAGACCCCACGAGGUGCUAAAACAUCUUUAUACCACAUUUACCAGCGUGUAUGGUGUGCAAUAACAUGACAAAGACUACUCAUGAAUCAAACAAACAGAAAUUCUCAUGAGAAUGAACACAAGUUUGAAGUAAACUAUCAUGGUGGAGGGAGCAUGCAGUGUGCUUCCAUCACAUUGUUUUCUGAUGGCUGAACGUUUCAUUCAACUGGCAUCACACUUGUUCGUCCCUGAAAAUCAGACCAAGACAAUCCAACAAGUUUCUACAGUCGAAUUUAUGAUUGGAGGGGUCCCGACGUCAUUCUGAGCUGACCAGACUACUCUUAAAACACCACACACAGCAGGAUUAUCUGAUAAGAUUAUCUUUAGAGCCAUUACAGAAAUCAGCCACAAACCCUAACCCCAGUUUCAUACUGGAAACACCAGCGGCGCGAAACGGCAGCAAAACAGUUUACAUGCGAACUUCAAAGCGGUCCUUUUCACACCGGGAGAGUCUUGGCAGCGGCACGUCUUCCUCGCUGUGCUCUUCGCUGGACUCGCGAGAUCACACUUCAGGUCACGGUUUGUUUAUGCAAUCUGCCAUAAAACCAAAAAGAAGGAAAUCACAUUUGAUGUGAUGUUUUUUUCCACUGCCAGGAAUGAAGCCAUGAAUAACACACCGCUGCUCUUCUGGAGCAACCGGGGUUGGGAUUGUCGGAAGCGGUGAAGCUACUCAUGAUUAUCCUGCCAUGUGAACUGGGCUCAAAGUUAAUUUACAAGAUUCAUUUUGCUCUUGAAAAGUUGUAAUUGUUAAAAUUUGACAUUAUUUAAAAAACAAUUUGACUACAGAUGAAUAAAUAUGAGAAAAAAAUGCUGAUCUUGUUUUAAUGUAUUCUUCUUGUGACCGUUCAUUCCAAUAGCCCGUGGGGGAUAUUUAACAAAAUUAAAGAGCGGGUUCACUGAGAAACUGUUUUUUACUUAAAAUUUGAAAACAAACAGUCCCUCUGAGGUUCUCAUGCAGGCUGAACAUGAAAAUAGUCUCCUACACCUAUCUCCUGCAUUAGCUUCUGAUAGAAAAUAGGAAAACACUCAGUUCAGAAAAUCCUGACAGAUCUUCGUCAAACUGUCAAACAAUCGGGGACUCGCCCAUCUUGAUUCGUGAUGGAGAAGGCUGUUGUUGGUUUAGCAUCCAGGAAACAGCAGAGAACAUCUCGACUACUUGAAAGUAAGUAAUUACAAAUUACAAAUUAUUGUUUUAUUUAUAUAGCACACAUCACAGAGAAUCACAAAGCACUUCACAUAGAUAAAAAAAAUAAAGUCAUAAAUCAUAAUGAUCUUAAAUCAGAAAUAAAAUAAAAUCAGCUAAACAAAGUCACAAAAUUAUGAAAAAUAAAACAAAUGAAAGAUGAUUAGAAAUUUGAGUUCAAAAUAAGAAAACUAAAGAUUUAGUUCAGAAUCAGAACAGCUUUAUUGCCAUUGCUCCAGCGCCCCGAAGCAUAGGAAUUUGACUCCGCAGCACAGCCUGACCAAGGUUACAGUCAACUUCAGGGUUCAUUUCAAGAUCCUGGUUCUGGUCUAUAGAGCUCCGGGAGUUGACAUCACUUCUCCCGGCAUGCAACAGUUCAAAUCGAAACGGCGCCAUAUUGGCAGGUAGAAGCCGGCAGCUGGACUAUUUGUUAUUGUCAAAAAACUCAAUCAAACGGGAAAUAUGGUAGAUUCCUGUUGUGCCCCAGGAUGCAGAACAGACACGGACGACAUAAGGAAUGAGCCAUCUACAGGAUUCCCCAAGAUCCGGAGCGCCGCAAACGUUGGAUCAUUGUAAUGAAACGCGCUAGUGACCGGGCGAAAAUGAAGCUGUGGGAUCCCGAGAGUAAAGGUUUUCGCUUAUGCAGCGACCACUUCAUAUCAGGUACUUAAACCAACGUUUCCUCAACUGUGUGUGGUAUUUAUUUUAAAUGCUUUUAUUACGAUUCUUAGUGGGCUUCCUAAACUUAUUUCGGCGUGGCUUUUUCUGUCUUAUUACUCAUAGCAACAAGUAAACAUCACGUCAAACGUUGCCUCGUGAGUUCUGCGUGCUGCCGUUUACGUGUUUUAUGAUCACAGCAAUUAACCGGCUAAGCUGUAUUUAAUUUUUAAGCAAUGGUUGAUCAAUUGUCAGAUCACACAUAAAAAGCACUUUGGAUUGCUAUUAUCUGUAUCACCGAGACAGCUCUCAGACAGAUCCUGAGACGCUCCUGCCUGACAUAUUUAUUUUAUUCACGGAAAAAAAAAUCAAACUAGUGAUUUCUCUUGGUGUUCAGUUUAUACAUUCAAACAGCACAGCACUCUAUUUAAACUACUUUCAUGUAAAUCUGUUAUUUGUCCAUCCAUCCAUCCAUUUUCAUCCGCGUAUCCGGAGUCGGGUUGCGGGGGCAGUAGCGUCGAGAGUCCCAGACUUCCCUCUCCCCAGCCACCUGAGCCAGCUCCUCCGGGGGAAUCCCAAGGGGUUCCCCGGCCAGGUCCAGUAAGAAGUCCGCUCCGACAGCUUCUGGCAUUUUUAAAAAGUAUCCCAGGGGCACGGUAAGGGUCGGAGAUGUUUAGUCUAUUUAAUUUCUGACUAUAUAAAACAAUUUCUUCGGUUUUAAAGUGUGAAGUAAACUCCGACGAAGUAAAAUCCAAGCUGAUCCCGUUCACGUUCAUGGUUAAGAUCCGUGUUUGUUUAGCUUCUUUUACCUGCCAAUAUGGCGUCUACUAACUGAGAGUCACGUGGGGUUCGGAGCUCUAUAGGGCCUUACAUGGACAAGCACCAUCUUACAUUGGUGAUCUUCUUAGUCCCUACACCCCCAGCAGGUCCCUGAGGUCCAGUGAUCAAAGCCUACUGGUUGUGCAGCACCAGGCUAAAGACCAAAGGUGACAGAUCAUUUGCUGCUGUGGCCCCCAGACUCUGGAACUCUCUCCCCCUGAGCCUGAGAUCAGUGGACUCAGCGGUCUCCUUUAAAAGGCAGUUGAAGGCUCACUUGUUCAAGCUGGCUUUUGUGUGACCUUCAUCACCCCUCUCUCUUUAUUCUGCUCUCCCCACCUAUUCCACCUUCCUCAGGAUCCACUGAUUUCCCUCUUUCCUGUUCACUUUCUCUCUUUCUUAACAUUUUCUAAUCACAAUUUCCUAUUUUUGCUCUUUUUAAAUAUAUUUUUCAACAUUUUCUAAAUGCUUUUUAAUAUUUUUACAUUUUUUUGCUUUUGUGAAGCGCCUUGUGAUUUUAUCUUGAGAGGCGCUAUAGAAAUGAUAUUUUCUUCUUCUUACACACACACGUAGACAAAACAGAUACAGGCAGACCUCGAGAGCAGCCAUGAACAGCACUCAUUACAUUUAGAUGAAAAGGGGAUCACAGUACAGUUAGUUAAAGUAGAUUUAAAUAAAAGGGUCUUCUGCUGUUUUUUAAAGCGACCAAACUGUCGAUACUACAAUAAGAUCAUUCCAGAGUCGGGCUGCAACAGCCUAGAAAGAGUGAUCACCUCAACUUUUAUAUCUGGUCUUUGGGGCUUCUAGAAGGUUCUGGUUUGUGGACCUGGCUUUAACAGUUCAGUGAUAUAGGGAGGAGCUGGACUAUGUAGAACCCUGAACGUUACAGUUUGGAUUCUAAAAUGAACUCUGAAGGUAACGGGUGACGAGCAUGGACAUAUAUACUGGACAUUUAAUGUCCAUAGGCUCAAAUGACUCAUUUUUGUUUCCAGAUGGGAAGUUCUCAUCACCGCUAUUUUGACCGUGUCACACGUCUCGUCACGCCCAGACAAUCCAAAAAUGGGAAAAGAGGUGAAGCUGAGGGUGGGGCUGUUACAGUUGGAACAAAUGAAUCCAUGUAGCUACUAGUUAACUUAGCUAACCCAUGAAGCUAAGAAGGAGCCUCAGGGACUGGGGUAGCCCACCCUCACAGCUGACUGACCCUCCGUGCGAGGCAGUAUGCUGGUCUCCUGUGGAGAUCCAAUAUGGACUGGGACUGUUACAUUACAGAGCCUCAGACUGCUGCGAUUGUGGCUGGACGCCAUGGCCUUUUACACAUCAGCUCAUGCUCCACGGUCGGAAACCAGCGGGACGUUAGCUAUACGCUAACAUGAAGCUAACGGAGCUUUCUGGGCUUUUUUAGCAAGAAAAAUGUGGUAAGGUGACUCCAAAGUGAAGGCGCCUCUGGCCUGCUUAGUAACAAAAUCCAAACUAGGUGAGCUGGCCGAGUACAUCGGGCUUCGCUGUUCCCCCGUGGUCAAAGAUCUGCCGCUGUUGACUCGGCUCUAGGUCUGGCACCACGGGUCCCUCAGAUCACCACCAGCAGGCAAGCAGGUUAAGUGUCUUGCUCAAGGACACUACAGCAGCAUUCUCUGGUUGGAGCUGGUAUCGAACCUGCAACCUUACAAUUACUGGACAAACCUGCUCUACCUCCUGAGCUGCUGCUGUCCAAAUGAAUGAUCCCUUCAGAAACUUCUUACAGUGGUGUUUUGAAAGAAACUGUAGGGUUGCUGGUCUAAGGAGCUUUGAAAGAAAAGCAUCUGGACUUCUUUGAGUUGCUUGAAAACCUUUCACCUCUCAUCCGAGAGGCUUCUUCAGUUCUAAA